UCAUUAGAGAAAAAUACAAAAAAAUAUUGAGUUUUAUUUGAAUUUUCUAGAAAACUAACAUUUCUGUAGUCGUCCGUGUUGUGAAAAUUGAAAAUGUUGACCUCAAAGCUAGAAGUAUUGGUGGACUUUGGGCCAAAGGUGGAUGCGCAAGUGUUGGAUAAAACCUUAAAUGAGUUGAAAUCUCAUGAUGGAGUUAAGGAAGCUGUAUUCAAGGAUGGUGCCAUCAUGGUGGACACUUCGUUACCAAGCUCACGAGUACUGGAGAUGGUUAUGAACACGUCAGGCAAGAGAGCGGUGUUGCAAGGUUUUGGAGAAACCCAAUCAGCUGUAGCCAUGAUUUCGAGUCAGGCAUGCUGCAACAGCCGCGUGCUCGGAGUCAUCAGGUUCCAACAGUCGACAGAGGGCCCGCUGGUGGCAGACGGCAGUAUUGAUGGUCUACCUUCCGGCUUGCAUGGGCUACAUGUUCAUGAUACUGGAGAUUUGAGUGAGGGUUGUGGCUCCAUCGGCUCUCACUACAACCCUCACAACACGUCACACGGCGCCCCCUCCGACCCUCCGCACUCCCGCCACGCUGGAGACCUCGGGAACAUAGUCGCUGAUGAAGCAGGCAGAGCUACCUUCAGGAUUGUCGACGAUGUCUUGAAGGUAUGGGAUAUCGUGGGCAGAUCGGUGGCCGUCACCGAGCGAAGAGAUGACUUCGGCAGAGGAGGGUCACCGACUUCCAAAGAGGAUGGUGAUAGUGGGGAACCCAUCGCAUGCGGUAUAAUCGCUCGUUCGGCCGGCAUUUUCCAAAAUCCGAAGCGCAUAUGCGCGUGCGACGGUGUCGUUGUCUGGGAUGAGAAGGACAGACCUCUAGCUGGCAAGGGCAGGAGGGUAGAAGAAAAAAGAUGUUGCCAGCAGGAUCAUGAAGAAGAGCACCUGAAAAGACCUUGCUGUAAAGUUUAAUUCUGCUUUAAACUUCUGUGAAAUAAGUUGAACAAUCUUGGUGUGUCUUUCACACGAACUUAUCUUACUAAUGUUUUAAAUACGAAAGUUUAUAUGUAUCAAAAU